AUGCUGUGGAAAACAGACAUAUACGUUACUUCGGAGCCUGCUGCACCGUCCGCCACGGCACUUCCCGCCAUCCUGGAGGCGUUGGAUAGUCAUUACUCGCCAAAGCCGUCACAAGUGGUCGCUCGCUACAAGUUCAACACAAGGGUUCGUCAGGAAGGCGAAGCCUGCCGACAUCGUAACACAGUUUGUCAUAGCUGCGGGAAGAAAGGUCACCUGGCGAAAGUUUGCCAAAGAAAAGCAAACAAGAAGAAAGAACAGGUUGAAGACAAGAAAAAGUCUGACAAAAAGAAACCAGUACAUGCCGUUGAAGAUCCAUCUGAAGACGAAGAAGCUACUUCUGUGUCUCAAGUGUUCGAUCUCUGGAAUGCGUCGGAUCGAAGCGAUCCGUUUCGCGCGCACGUCGUCCUUGAUGGUGUUCCGUUGGAAAUGGAACUCGAUACAGGUGCUGGAGUAUCUAUCAUCGGUGAAAAUGUUCUGCGCAAGGUUCUUCCCCAUGCAAAGCUUGAGACUUCCAACGUACUGUUGCGAAGCUAUUCUGCUGAACUAACUCGUGUGAGAGGAUGCGUGAACGUUCAAGUGAAUUUCCGUGACAAGCAGGAGUGCUUACCACUCUACGUGGCGCCGGGUUCUUGUCCAAAUCUUUUCGGUCGCACUUGGAUGAAAGCUUUUGGCAUGGCUCUGACAGCAGAGGACAUACAAGUCUGCGUGGUCUCAACUGUUGAGGACGUUAUUGCUAAGCAUCAAGACGUUUUUUCAGAUACUUUGGGUACCCUGAAGGAUGUCACAGCGAAACUAGAAAUUCAGGACGGCGCACGCCCAAGAUUCUUUAAAGCGCGUGCAGUGCCGUUUGCUCUUCAAGACCGAGUCGCCGAGGAGCUACAACGUAUGCAGCGUGAAGGCAUUAUCCAAUCAGUAAAGACGUCUGAAUGGGCCGCGCCCAUUGUUCCUGUCGUCAAACGCGAUGGACGUUAUCCGAUUCCAAGGGUUGCGGAACUGUUCGCUAAGCUGUCAGGAGGAAAGAAAUUCAGUAAGCUUGACCUCAAGGAUGCUUACCAACAAAUACUGCUGGACGAAGAGUCCAAGAAGCUGGUGACCAUCAACACUCAGAAAGGGUUGUAUCGGUACGUAAGGCUACCGUUCGGUGUUUUCACGGCACCAGCGUUAUUUCAACGAAUAAUGGAAAACCUGCUGGAAGAUCUGCGUGGCGUCGUGGUUUACUUCGACGAUAUCCUUGUCACUGGAAAGGAUGACGACGAUCACAAGAAGAACUUGGAUAUUGUACUGCGAAUGCUUGAAGAAGCUGGACUACGAUUGAAACUUGAAAAGUGCAUUUUUAUGGCCCCUAGGGUGCACUAUUUAGGUCCCAUAAUCACGGAAGCGGGGUUACAUCCUGAUCCAAAGAAAGUAGAAGCUGUGACGAAGGCGCCAGCGCCAACGAAUGUUAAAACGUCGCAGAGCUACCUGGGGCUAGUGAACUAUUACAGGACGUUCUUGCCUGAUUUGUCGAUAGUACUGCAUCCUCUAAACAAGUUACUGGGAGCAAAUGCGCAAUGGACUUGGGGCACCGAGCAGCAGCUCGCUCUCCAAAAAAGUAAGGACCUCCUAACGUCUGCUAGGGUCCUAGCUCACUUUGACCCCAAGAAACCUUUGGUGUUGGUAUGUGAUGCAUCGCCUUACGGCGUGGGUGCUGUACUUGCGCACCGUGAACUGUCAGGUGAAGAGCUUCCUAUUGCAUAUGCGUCAAGGAGCUUAAUUCCACCAGAAUGUAAUUACAGCCAACUCGAUAAAGAGGCUCUGGCCGUAAUUUUCGGCGUUCUGAGGUUUCAUCAAUACCUCUGGGGUCAUUCAUUCGAAAUAGUGACCGACCACAAGCCACUGUUGGGACUUUUAGCGCACGAUAAGCCUGUACCUAACAACUGUUCACCCAGGCUUCUUCGCUGGGCCCUGACGUUAUCAUCUUACCCCUACGAGUUGGUCUAUCGACAGGGAAGCGGCAUCGCACAUGCCGAUGGACUGAACAGAUUGCCACUACCUACUGAAGCUCUUCCAGUGGAACGACCAGCAGAGGUGUUCCUGUUGGAAGGAGUCUACCCAACUGUUUUAUCCGCAAAGGUAGUCGCUCAAGCCACGUCAAGAGACGUCAUUGCAUCCAACGUUCGCCACAUACUGUUGUCAGGCGGCAAAUUACCCGACGUCACUGACUACAGGCCUUACCAAAGGCGUUUUGAUCAACUGAGCGUGCAGGAUGACUGUAUACUUCUCGGAAAUCGUGUUGUCAUUCCUCAAGAGCUACGUGCAAAGGUUCUCGACUUGCUUCAUGAGAGCCACCCUGGUGUCACAAAAAUGAAGGCUGUGGCCCGCAGUCACGUCUGGUGGGGUACACUGGACGAAGAUAUUGCUGCGAGGGUACAGAGAUGCGUGACAUGCCAACAACAACAACGCCCUUUUAAGGGUCAUUACAUCUUCAUCCUUGUGGACGCAUUUUCCAAGUGGGUAGAAGUCGAAGUUGUUCCAUCACCAUCCGCGGAAGCUACUAUUUCUUGUCUACGUUCUAUCUUUGCGAGACAAGGACUGCCCGAUCUCGUAGUGUCGGACAAUGGACCAACAUUUGUAUCAGCAAACUAUCGAACAACGCCGCACGAGAUAACCGGUGCAUCUCCAGCAGAACUCUUGUGCGGAAGAGAGCUCAAGACUGCUCUGGAUAAUCUCCAUCCGGACAUGCGCACCACAGUAGUUCGUAAGCAACUGCGCAGCAAACUUUUGCAUGACAAAAGCGCUCGUUUCCACAGCGUCUAUCGUCCUGGGGAUUCCGUGUUCGCAAGAAAUUUUCGACCUGGAGCAACUUGGGUCCCUGCUAUUGUCACAAAGGCACAAGGACAACCUCUGCUGUUGUGCAGCUACAUGGAGGGGUUAUUUCUACCAGGCACCAAGAUCAUCUACGAAGGGAUACACAACUAUCAGAACUAUCAACAGCAACGCUGGAGCCGAACAGUCGCAGUUGUCACCGAGUGUACGACCAGCUGA